UCCCAAGUUUACAGAAGAACAUGAGACUGUUGCCUCCAUGAUCUCUGGAGAACUCAACAUGGGCGAGGAUGUCUUUGACACUCUUGCCAUUCAAGAUGGGCAUCCAGUGGAUGAGGCAGGCACUCCCAUCAUGGAUGUUACUUUCACUGUGAGUGGAAAACUGCCACCGACAGAGGUCCCCUCUGCUACUUCUGCCGCUGAAUGUGCUGAAGCACCUGCACCUCCUAGUGCUUCUACAUCUUUCCAGCCAGAAGCUUCAUCCUCUGCAUCCACUGCACCAUCACUAACUACAUUUACAUGUAAUGUGGCCUCCUCUUCUGCUGCCCCACGGCAGAGGAGGAAAUUUGAUGCAGAGUACCAGGCCUGUCGGAAGCAGCAGGAUGAGUAUCACCAACUCCUUCUUCAACAGACCAGAGAGGAGCACGACCAACAGAUGAAACUGUACCAGUUUCACAGGGAGGUGUUGCAGCGGCAGCUAGAUGUCUUCACGGAGACUUGGCAUCAUAUCCGUGAGGCAGCAGACACCUGCAAAGCCAAAUUUUUGGACAGUUUGGGGAAUGCCGGAGAGUAACAUCCAUGAUGGGAUUGCCUGCCUCAUCAACUGCAUGCCCAUCUUGUAUUGUAAGAGUGUCAAGGACACACUCGCCCAUACUGAGUUCUCCAGAAAUCAUGGAGGCAACGGCCUCGUGUUCUUCGGAAAGCUUGGGAGGUGAUUGAGGAGGGCCACCACCAGUCUUCUUCACCGUUAGCAUACAUUGAACUCCAUCUGCCACUUCCCUGCCCAUUCACGCAAUCUGUCUAGUUCAUCCUGGAGAAUACUAGCGACCCGAUCCGACUCAAUUACUCUGCCAAUCUCUGUAUCAUCAGCAUUUUAGCAUAUAUUGCCAACAUUAACUAGUGUUAGUAGUAGUAGUUGUAGUAGGAAAUACAUUAUAUUCAGUGAUGUUUGAUAAAUAUUUUUGUUCAUUUAUUUAUAUCAUGAUUAUGUACGUAUAGGCUUCAGGCAGGAAAUGAACAAAUUAAAGAGACUGUAAAUUUUGAUCGGAAAAUAUUUAUGCAAAAUCUUACAAGCUAUUUUCAUUUUCUGAACAGACAUAACUUAUUAUUAGAGAAACUACAAUAAAGAUCUCAAAAUGUACACCACUGUGACCAACCACCACACCAAGAAAAGACGGCGCCACUAUAAAACACUUGCCUGCAUCAUGACGGGCUAGGGCCGACUACCAUCCAGGUCUCUCAAGAAAGCCUAAAAGCACUAUAGGCUGGGAAAAAAAAAGAUCAAACCUGGGCUAUCUGUGUAUAAAUCAACCCAACUGAGCUACUGAGGUCACCAUGCCAAGGGCCACUUAUGCAGCACUAUACCUGACACCCUGGCCCCUACUGUGGAUAUGAAGGAAAAGUGACCUCGCUCACACUCAUGGUAGCUGGAAACGCUUUUAAUCGCUUUUAGUCAACCCAUAAUGCCACCUGUAGUAUAUAUUUACAUUAGAAAAACU